AAAUCAAUGCCUAAUUAAUAGAAGUAUCUUGUGAAUUAAUUCUAAAUAGUGUGUAUGUGUGUUUUUUUUGUAAAAUAAAAAAUGAAUUUUGUAAUACAUAAUGUAAUUGAAAUAAGAUCAUAUUUUGAUGUGUUUAGUGUUGUGAUCUUAUAAAAUAUUUGGAUAAUGGAUAAUAUACACCUGCCUGAACGUCCACAAAAUGGUUCUAUUGGCUUGGAUACAAAUCGACGAAUAUCUAGUCGGUCGUUGCCGAUUCCAGAUUCAAGUGGACAUAUGCCGCCAACACCCCAAAUUGUGACGGUUGUAGUUCAUAAAGAUGUCAACGGCUAUGGAAUGAAAGUAUCUGGUGACAAUCCUGUGUUUGUUCAAAGUGUCAGAGACGGAGGAGCUGCUGAAAGAGCUGGUCUUCAAGCUGGUGAUACAAUUAUUAAAGUCAACGGAGAAGAUGUUAUAAAAUCAACACACACGGAAGUUGUAGCUUUGAUACGAUCCACGACCCAUGUUAAGUUAACUGUCAAACAACAUCCUAGAAUGCUACGACCACACGUUGGAUCUCCGGUACCAGCACAACACCAAAAUUCCAGAAAUUCAAUACCCCAUCAUCAUUUCUCAUCGACUCAAAUAACAGCUCCACAACCAGUUGACCAUGAAAAAUUACGCCAAAUUGAAAAUGAACGUGUGCAUUUAAUUCGAAUGAUGUUAGAAAAAGCACAAACACAUGUAGAAGCAUUACGAAGUGAAUUAGCAAGUCUUCCAACAAAUGCAGAUAGUUCAAAAUUGGUUGCGGAUUUACAAAUUGCUGAACGAACCGUUGGUAAACUUCAAACAGAACUACAAACCUGCUUGUCUUUCACCGCUCAUGAUGGAUUAUCUGCUAGUUCCCAUUCUCACACUUUACCAAAAUCCUUAACAGUACCAUCAUCACCUCAUUCCUCAAUUCCACAAUCAAAAAGUGCAACACAAAUAUUUGAUACACCACCACCCUUGCCAAAUCGAAAUAAAAUCAAUGAUUUAAAUUCAGUGAAUUUAAGUCGAUCAUCGACUCGAUUACGUUCAACUGAACAUUUAGAUAACCAUAAAAAUUAUCAUCCACGUAAUUUAUAUCACAAAUCACCAUCACAAAGUCCAGUUGAAUGUAAUCUAGUUGAAAAUCAAAUAUACCAUUCCAAAUUCAAAGAUUUGGAUAAUUCGGAUAUAAUGCUAGCAAAUUAUCAUAGAAAGAAUCCGUUAUCGCCAAAAAGUUCACCUGGCAAACAUAAUAAAGUCUCUAAACGUGUUAAAGGAUCAAAUUCCAAUUUAAAUUAUGAAGGAACAAGUGCCAAUUCGAAUAUCAACGAGCCAGAUAUUCCACCCCCUCUACCACCUCGAAUUCCAUUACUUCUUGAUCCAUAUUUAAAUAGUGAAUCUGGUGGUGUUCCUUCCACACCUUCUCCUAGCGGAAUCAUCGAGCCCGAUGCAGUUAACUCAAUAAAUAAACAAAUGUCGUAUCCAUUAGUCGCCACAUGUGCAGCGCUUGUUAACAAUCCUUGUAGUUCCAAAACGCCACAUAUUGUUAAUACGCACCAUCGUACUAAUUCAAGUCCAGAUCCAUUGAUUUUAAAGCCACCGCAAGAUAUGAUGCAACGUUUAAUCAAUUCAGAAUCAAUGAGUGAUUUGACAGAUAUGAAACCAAUUCGAUGUGAUUCAUGGAACAUAGAAAAUAUUGGAGGACACAUUACACCACCAGGAACGCCUCCUCCACCAUAUCCAAGUUCAUAUCGAGAAAGGAGUCCAAACAUGCAUCGUAGGAGCACAGGGGCAAGUAGUCAAAGAAGUUCAGGGGACCAUAGUGAUAUUCAUGAAGAUCCUCCACCUGCAUUUACUGAUCAUCCUCCUGAAAAUAUGCCACUUUUGCCUGAUAUUCCAAUUGCAUUACCAUCAACACCAAUUGUAGCCGCAAAUAGUAAUGUAACACAGAAGCAUAUAAUUAGUAUGGAAGAUGAAAUGUCUGACCAGGAAGUGGAGCAGCCAAUAGAAGAUGGACCAUUUAAGUCGUUAUCCCGUCUUUGGGAGCAUUUAGCUCAUUUAGCUGUAUUUAUGAAUUACAUAUUAACAAAUUGUGAUCCCAGUAGCAUUUUAUUUUAUUUAAUAACAGAUUUAUAUAAAGAAGGUAAUGCUAAAGAUAUGAAAAAAUGGGCAUACGAAAUACACUCCAGUUUUCUUGUACCUGGUUCUCCAUUACGUUUGAAAAAUGUUGACGAAAAUGUUGCACGAGAAAUAGAUGAUGUUCUACAAAAAGAAGCAGAUAAAGAAGAAAUAUUAAGAAAAGUAUUUUUAAAAGCACGAGCUAAAGCAAAAGAAGAAUUAAAUGAACUUUUGGCAGAAUUUCGACAAAAACGUAAUGCUGGCUUAGGUACAUUAUAUGGACCAUCUGAUGCAAUUCUUGAUGAAAGUAUUCAUGAAAAAUCAGUUGAAAAUAAAAUUAUUGAAGAUGUCCUACAGAAAAAAUUGACUCCAUAUUUAGAAGACUUAGAUCAUGAACCUGUUGAUCCUAGAAAAUAUACGUCUGCUGUGGCACUAUCCACAGUUUUUACAAGGAUAUUUGGAUUACGAUUAGGUCAUAGUGAUUUAGAACGUCUUCCAAGUUUUGUUAGCCGUGAUAAAAGUUUAAGGACAAAAAUUAUUGGAAGGAGAGGAAAGAUGAAUUUACGAGGUCAUCAUUUUAUUGCCUAUCAGUAUUACACUGUAAAUUAUUGUAAUCAUUGUCAAUUGUUAAUAUGGGGUAUUGGACCUCAAGCAUAUCGAUGUUCAAAUUGUCAUUCAAAUAUACAUCGACAUUGUGUAAAAAGUUUUGAAGAAAAUUGCCCAGGACCAGUUGUUAAAAAAGAAAAAGGAGAUCCACUUAGUAAAAUUAUGGGUCGAAUAAGACCUGAUUCAAGAGAUGCCAAACGAAAACCUAGUUCACAGAAUUUUAUACAAGUUGAACGUGAAAAAAGACAAAAUGAAGAAAAAGAAUCCGCAGAAACGGAAUGUAGUUCAGAUCGACCACAAUCAACUACGUCGAUAACUCGUUCUGGUUCUGAUCGACGUUCUGAUGCUUCCGAAGAUACUCCAGAGCCUGAAUCCUGUGAUAAAGAGACAAUACAUGAAAAUUUUGCCGCACGUCUUCCAAGGCCAAAGAGUACUCAAACAAGCAUCAAUCGAUCAGAGAGUUACAAAGAACAAUCACAAAAGAGACGACAAAUUAAAGAGAGGCGAAAAAUUAGUGAUCCAAAUUUAUCUAAAUCCAAUGAUGUGGAACCAGAUAUAGGUUUAUUAUCAUAUAAUACGAACUCCGGCAGCUCGUCUAACUCUAGUCUCUCAUCCGCACCGUCAUUAGACAGUCCAUCUACUUCACUUGAAGCAGUUUCCAUUUCAAAUACUAAUAAUACUAGGAGUCGUGUAUUGGGUGAAAGUGAUCCUGAAACAGAGGCAGUACCUGAUCCAAGUGAUUGGACUGUAAAUAUUCCCGAAGAUUUAAUUUCAAGGUUGUCGUCAAGUGAGAAAAAACGCCAGGACGUAUUUAAUGAGCUCCUGCAAACAGAACGAUCACAUGUUAGACAAUUGAGAGUUUUAGAAAAAGGCUUUCAAAAACCAUUAGAAAAUAGUAAUCUAUUAACAUUUGACCAAUUAAGCUUAUUAUUUCCAAAUUUAGAUGAAAUGUUAAUACUUCACUCUGGAUUUAGUGAAGCUUUAAAAGCUAUGCGCAAAGAAAAUCCUUUAGUAGGUGAAGUUGGUGAAACUAUUUUAAACAUGUUUGACGGUUCAUCUGGUGAAGCAUUCGAAAAUGCCGCUGAAACAUUUUGUGCACGUCAACAGAUUGCAUUAGAAUGGUUAAGAGAACGUCGCCGUAAAGAUGCCAAAUUACACAACUUCUUAACAGAAUGUGAAGCAGACAAAAUGUGUAGAAGGCUUCAAUUGAAAGAUCUCAUUCCUACGGGAAUGUUACGAUUAACCAAAUAUCCAUUACUUUUCGAAAAUCUUGCGAAAUAUACAUCACAGUGCCUUUCUGAUACAAAUAGUGCAAAUCCUUUAACACCGCCAGAGUUAGAUCGUCUACAUAGAGCUGUAGAGCGUUCUAAAGAAAUACUUAACAGUGUUAAUACAGCUGUUAAAAAGGCAGAAGAUCAAGCUCGACUGCAAGAUAUUCAACGUCGAUUGGAUCGUUCCGGAUUUGACAAAGUUGAUCAUCCGCUCGCAGUUAACGACCAACGAGAGUAUAAGAAUAUUGACAUUACAAAACGGCGAUUAAUUUAUGAAGGUGCAUUAUGUUGGCGUAUUAGUAGCAAUAAACGAAUAAAUCUUCAUGUACUACUAUUAGAUGAUGUAAUUUUAUUGUUACAAAAACAGGAUGAUAAAUUUUCAUUAAAAUUUCACCAUACGUCAACACUUGGUGUUGGCGGUACUGAUCGAUCAAUAAUGAGUCCAAUAAUUCGAGUUUCUACUGUUUUAGUUCGUACAAAUGCUACAGAUAAUAAUUCAUUAUAUUUAAUUACAACUGCUCAUAAUGGUCCCCAAAUGUAUGACUUAGUAGCGUCUUCACCAAGUGAAAUAAAACAAUGGUAUAAAUAUAUAACAGAAGCUAACGAAACGUUUACAAAACAUGAAGGACGUCAUAGUCGUGGUAGCGCAGAAAGUGAUAAUAUGGAAAUUAUUAAUGAAGAAUCAAUUAGUCGUGAUCAUAUGCAAACUAUUGAUGAAAAUGGUAGCACGAACAGUAGUCAGGAUAGUAACGAUGACAAUAUUUCUAUGAAAUCUGCUGAAGAUGAACCGCAACAACCAACUAAAUCAACGGAGACACCUCAGCCGGAAGAACAACAAGAAAAAACCAUUCCUGAAGUGCCCACAACUUCAAACCCAAGUAACAGCAACUUACGUGUCCAGUCUUCGUUACUACUUUCGACAGAACAAAAUUCAUUAAUUGAGCCUUCUGAAGUAACAGUAUCUGUGAAAUCUGUUUUAACUGCCGAACCAGUUCUUACACCAUUAGAACGAUUAAGGCGAACAGAUUUAGUUAUAAAAUCAGCAAUUGCUGAAAAACAGUUAUUAGUUGCUGAUAUUUUAAGUGUUCCACGGGAUGAAUUUGUUCAUAUUGCUGAAGUAGCUGCCGAGCCUACAAAUGAUAAAGAAGCAACAGAAUUAAUAUUAGCGGCUAUCAAUCAAGCUAAUCAAUUAGCUGAAGCAAUUAAUGACACAUUAAAUAUAAAUGAAGAAGCAGCUAUUGCACUGACAUCACUACCGAUUACGGGAUGUAGCUGGCCUGCAUCUAAACAUCACAGAAUCCCAGGUGUCCCACCCCAAAGACUGCAAACAAUUUCUUCGACUCUUAAUUUACAACUUACACAAUUAUUAAAAGUUAUAAAGGAGAGAGAUGAAGAACGAGAGAAGUUGCGAAAUGAAUUACAUAAAUCUCGCGAACAAAUACAUAUAUUACAUGAAUUACAUAGACUUAGACCCAUACCUGAGUCAAAUACCAAUGAAACUGGACAAGAUAAUAAUCACGAAUUAGAUGAAAAUUCUACUAAUUUAACUGUUAAAAGCCCUGAAAUACAACAAUCUAAAGAAGAUCAACAACAAUUACGGGAUCAAAAUAAAAAUGAAGAAAAUGCUAUAGAAGAGGUUGGUAAAGAUUAAAUCAACUGGUUUUAGUUUCAAACAACUAA